CUGAACUGCGCUUUUAUUACGAGGAUUACGUGUGUAUUUCCUUAAAGUAGUAAACUAGCUGUUAUUGAGGGGAUUUUUAACGAAUAAAUCGCCUGUUGUGUCCUUAAUUGAUUAAUUUGUGCCACUGUUUCUUUGGGUUUAUUGUAGAUUGAUGUUUAGUUUCUGGAGCACAUGCAGAUCUUGUUGUUUGCAUCAUAUGUAUUUCCCCUGUAGCCUGCUUUCUUCAAACAAAUCUUUGGUAAACAAGCUGUCAAGCAAAAAGGCUUUAAACAUCUGGAUAUCCGUUUACACAGGUUUGCUUUGAACAGGACAUCAUCAUUAUGGGAUACGCCAUGGGGCAGCUCUGGCGCUGCCUGCUGCUGUCCUGCUGUGUGCUUUGUGUUCACUCUCAUGGAGAUCAUCAUGGUCAAGUGUCAAGAGACCCACAUCCUCCCAUCACCCGCCUGGACAAGAACAUGGUGCAGGACAAAGACCACAUCAUGGAGCAUUUAGACGGGGUGAUCGACAAGCCAGAGUUGGACAUGACGCCCCAAGAACUGCAGCUUCACUAUUUCAAAAUGCAUGACUAUGACGGUAAUAACCUGCUGGAUGGGCUCGAGCUUGCCACUGCCAUUACACAUGUACACAAGGAGGAGAAAGGUGAGAACAGUCCACCAAUGAAGGAGCAGGACCUAAUCAGUAUUAUUGAUCAAGUCCUUCGGGAUGAUGACAAAAACAAUGAUGGCUACAUCGACUAUGCUGAGUUUGCGAAGUCUCUCCAGUAACUGGGAGGUGGGUGGGUGGUGUGGAGGAGUGUGCUGCAUUACUGUGAGCUCUGAUUUACCUCUAAUCGAACGGUAUCAGUGAUCUGGGUGUCUGCGUUAUCACAUGCACAGAAAACCUACAGUGUUCCUUAGGCUGUGUUUCUUCUUGUAGUAGUGCACUUUUUUUUUUUUUUUUUUUUUUUCCUUCCACAUUUUCAACACCAUUUUAUUGAACUCCUAAAGAACUUUAAUUCAGUGAUACCACAGUCCUCUCGGUCCAUGAUUGGACCUGAACAGCUCGGCUCUACUGAUCAUACUUUAUCCUGUCAGAAUAAACUGUGGGAUGAAGUUAACUGGAUUGUAUUAUGAUGUGCGGCAUCUAAAGAGAGUAUAUAUUGCCUGAAUUCUCCAUUUGUCAGAAUGAACCUGCCAAAUACAUCUGCUGUGAAGACACGUCCUCCUUUAUUCUUGCUACAUUGUGUUUGAAGUCCUGUUCUAAUGCAGAGUAAUAGCUGGAGUUGACGUGAGCUAUGAUUUACUUCCUUUCCUUACUGAGGAAACGUCCUCAUUUAGCACUGCUGGAUCAUUUUGAGUUUACUAACUUUGAAUGAAGUCACUUGUACGUUCUGAUUUUUAUAUUCCACAGCACCAGAUAAGUUUGGACACCCCUUCUAAUUCAAGGUCUUUUUUGCAUUAAAGUGCUUAAAGUAAUGAUGGAUGGUGUUUUCUUUUUACUUAAUCGAGUGGUUCUUGAAAUAAUAUGGAUUACUACAGUUGUGGAAUAGGGCAAUUAUUAUUUUUAAUAUUAAUGAGGCACCCUUAUUUUAAUUGAAAAGCAUUCCAGGUGACGACCUCAUGAAGCUGGUUAAGAUGAUGCCAGUAGUGUGCAAAGCGUCAUCGAGGUAAACGCUGGCUACUUUGAAGAAUCUAAAAUACGAAACAUGGUUUGUUUGCUACGUAAUGUUACAUAGGUUAUUGCAUGGUUUUGUUGUCCUCAGUAUUGUUUCUAUAAUAAGUCAAAAGACAGGGAAAAUAAAAAACCUCCUGAAUGUGUCGGUGUGUCCAAACUUGACUGCUACUGUAGACGGAUGACUGGUCUAACAAACUUUUGCCAAAUCCCAGUUCUUGUGUUAUUUGCGUUUCAAGCCUAGAAGAGUUUCGUUCCUGGUGUUACUGUAAAUGACCAGUGGCUACUUCUGGUGCUGUGUGUAAUAUCCCCAAUCAGGGGCCAUAUUAAUCACAUUUCUCAACACUGAUCCAGAAUCAGUUUUUGCUUUUUGGUAUGAAUAAAUGAGUCUGGAAGUGUGAUUAAACUGGCUACCUAGUAUGCUGUUGAUCCCACAAAUGUUUCCCAGAGCUGGAGUGCCGCAGUGGUUUUUUUUUUUUUGCUUUUAAUUCCCUUCGUGUGUGUGUAUAACCACGAACCUGUGUAGUGUAGCAGUUUUCUAGCAGUAACUGGGACUGAGAAAAACAAACUUGGGUGGAGUUUGACCUGUAUUAGACUGAUAAAGGAACUUUUUCUAGACUUUUUUUUUUUUUCUCCUUUCCAUUACACAAGUUGAAUGUAAUUCAAGCCUGUCAUGUUUGUCGUUACUGUUGUUGUUCGUUAAAUUCCCAGCUUUACUUUAUUUGUGAACAGGGAAGAAACAUAAGUGACCAUAUGCCAAGUAAUUUAUUUCUACCAAAAUGACAAUGUUGAAAAAGUCGUUAUUAAUUAAAUGAAUGCUUAACAACCCAUAUUCAGGUGGUAAGAGGAUUUUCUAGAAGGUCAAACAUAAAUCUAGUUAGACUAUUCGGACUGUAAAUGAGUGUUACAAUUAUUAAGUGUGAUGCUAGUAGGGUUGUGAAUGAAGUAUUUUUGUUUUAGAGAAGUAUAUUAACUUUAAGGCAAGAUCUGUUUUGGAACUGUAAUAAAAUGUGUGAAAACAAUUUUUUUUUUUCUGUCCAUAUUAAAGACAGUGUGUACUGAAUCUCACCCACACAAGCAUUACUGUUAAAUCAUUGACCUAAAAAGAAAAGCAAUAAUAUCUGAGCACGUGGCUCAAAUAA